UAAGAAUUAAAAGAGGAAUAUUUCAAGGAGACUCUCUCUCACCUCUAUUAUUUUGUGUGGCACUUAUCCCAUUAACAUCUGAACUUAACUCAACAGGUUUUGGCUACACCAUAACCAAAGCUAGCCAAAAUGUAAGCCACUUAUUGUACAUGGAUGAUCUAAAGGUGUUUGCAAAAACAGAACAACAACUGGAUGGUGCACUACAUGUAGUUAAGGAAUUUAGCGAUGACAUCCAAAUGCAGUUUGGGUUGAGUAAGUGUGCCAAAGUGACUUUAAGGGGAGGGCGUGUAGUUAAGAGAGAAAACAUAACCAUUGAUGUCAACACUGCAAUAAAGAACCUUAACCAAGAACACACCUAUAAAUACCUUGGAGUUGAGGAGAACGCAGGAAUUCAACAUAGCAAAAUGAAAGAAAAGAUCAGGAAAGAAUACUACAGAAGGGUUAAAAUGGUACUGAAAAGUGAGCUUCACGCAAAGAACAAGAUUGAAUCAAUCAAUUCUAUUGCGGUGCCUGUAGUACAGUAUAGUUUCGGAAUCAUUGACUGGAAAGUAGAUGAGAUUGUUAAGCUUGACAGAAAGACCAGAAAGCUUCUAACCAUGCACAGAAUGUUCCAUCCAAGAUCUGAUGUAGACAGGCUAUAUAUACAAAGAAAAUAUGGCGGGAGAGGACUUACUCAAUUAGAAGCAUCUUUUAAAACAGCAAUGGUCGGCUUAGAUUGUUAUAUCACGCUAAAGCAAGAGACAAAGCUAAAACUGGUUAAACAUCAUGACAGCUGUAAAUCAAAGUACUCCAUCUCAAAAACUGCAGCGAAGGUGAAGCAAGAAUAUGAUCUGGUUGAUGAAGAAUUUAAARAAGACAAAACACCAUCUGAAAAUGCCAAGGCCCUGAAGAUGAAGUUAAGAGAAAAGAUCUUUGAAAGUCGGAAAGAGCGCUGGGAAGCAAAACCUUUACAUGGCCAGUACUGUAUAAAUGUGAAUARACCCUAUGUUGAUAAAGCAGCUACCAACGCAUGGCUGACAUCAGGUGAUUUGAAAGGUGAGACAGAAGGUUUCAUUGCUGCUGCUCAAGACCAGUCGUUAUUGACACGGAAUUACCAACAUUAUGUCCUCAAGGAUAAUACUACUGAUGGUCUCUGCAGACUCUGUCACAGCAAAACAGAAUCAAUCGACCAUCUUCUCACAGGCUGUGAGAUCCUUGCUCCUACACAGUAUCUAAAGAGACACAACARUGCCGCCUCAUACUUGCAUUGGAUACUCUGUAAGGAUAACGGCAUCGAGGUGACCGAUAAUUGGUACGAACACGAUCCGCCAAAAAUUGUAAGGAAAGACCACAUCACCAUCAUGUGGGACUGCCAAAUCAUCACAGACAGAACAAUUAAAGCAAACAGACCGGAUAUAGUGGUCAAAGACAUUGACAACAAAACAUGCCAACUCAUUGAUGUGUCAACUCCAUCUGACAGAAACAUCUGCCUCAAACACCACGAAAAAAUGAGCAAGUACAAAGAUCUGGAAAUAGAGAUAAGCCGUAUGUGGAGCGUAAACACCCAAGUUAUACCAGUCAUCAUAGGGGCUCUAGGAACGACUAAAAACGGGACAACUGAAAAUCUNAAAUUAGUGCGCGAGGAUUACGACUUCUGA